AUGUCCCCGGACUUGCCGGCGCCCAUGCCGCGUCCCGGAAUGCGCGGCUUCUACGCGGCCGCGUCGGGUGGUCUUGGUUUUAAUCUCAAGACAUGGUAUUCCCGCACCGUGGCCCGAGUCGCAUUGGCCUAUGUUGCGGCUCAGGGCAUCAUUGCGAUCCCGGGCACCACCGAGCCAGAACACCUUGUUGAAAAUCGGUCUUCUCGAGACACUGAGCUGACGGACGAGGAAAUGAAAGCCACGCCCGCAAGUAUUAGUGCUUUGAAACCCCAAGGCAAUCGAUACGACGAGGUGGCAAUGGGGAAUAUCGGCACUUGA